AUGAAUGAUAAGUUCCUUUAAUUAAGAAAUAAUUAUUGCUAUCAAUACAACAAGCGAAUUAUUAAAAAUUAUGAAUAACCCUAAUAUUCUUAAAGAUUGAAAACUGAAACUCCUCCAAUAUUAAAAUAAUAUAAGUAUACUUAUCAUUCGCCAAGGAAAUUUAUUUAAACUACUUAAGCAUCAUUUUUUGAUCAUUUUAAAAAGUUUCCAACUCCUAAACCAACUGCUUAUUAGACUUAUCUAUAAACAUUACUAGAAAAUAAAAUUGAAAUUUAAGCCAAAUAAAAAUAGUAGCCAUCAUUCACUAUGCAUAAUAUUAAUGGCCAGAAAAUUAACACUUAUCGGCAAAUAAAGGAUACAAUAAAAAAUCAAUAGAAACAUCAUCAUUAAAAUAAAUCCGAAUUUAAAAUACCAUAAAAAGUACACCAACAAAAUAAAUCCUAAUUUAAUUCACCUCAAAAACUUUAAGAAUAAAUGAAAUAAAUAUCAAUAAAAAAAUUAGAUAAGAUCAAUAUAGUUAGAACAUCAAAUGAAGUUUAAAUUAUAAGAAGUGAUAGAAUUCAGACUUAUGAUGAUAAUUUUGAUGAUAUUGAACCAUGGAACACUUCUGAAAUAAAAUGA